UCCCUCCCUCGCGCUGCUUUCUUAUUUGAUUUCCUUUCAAACACGACUCAACUUCAAUCCAUCUUCUCUCCAACUUUACCGAGAGAUUCACAAAGUCGUCUUAUUCUUUUACCAGCACUUCAUCGCAAAGGAGACAACGUCGAUAAAGUUCUUUUUAAUAUUAUCAUUUUAUUCUCUAUCGGCUGCAUCCAACUUCGUCAGCCAUCCAUAUUAUCAUCAUUCAUAUCGGCUUGCCAACCAGCCGAAUUACUUUGACAAUAUUUUAUCAGCGCUUCUACCACUGUACCCAAACAUUCCGCCACCUUCUCCAUCUUCCAUCGCGCGUACUUCUAAUUAAAAAUCCUCAGCACCGCGAAAUUGUAAAGGUUUCAUUUUCGCUGCUGCAAGAUACUGCCGCCCUCGUACGCUCUUGCGCCCAUUCAAACACACCACCCGUUGGGCCGAAUAGCCUGAUCAUUCAACACGCGUAUUCGCUGUGCUAUUUUCACACGCUUCGCACAACAACUUCUAUUUAAAACCAUAAUCAACAGCCAUCAAAAUGUCCGGAAAGCUCGACCAGUCUCUUGACGAAAUCGUCUCAACCCAACGUCGCGUCGGCGGCGGCGGCCGUGGUGGUCGACCCCAGCGCCGAUCCGUCGGACGUGCUGCCAAAGCGGCACCUGUUGGCGGCGUUCAGAAGACGCCCAAGCUGACUCGUGCCGCCGCGGCGAAGCAGAACACCGCCAAGGCAGCCGGUGGUAACGGAGAAAGCAAGGUGGUGGUUAGCAACCUGCCCAAGGAUGUUAACGAAGGCCAAAUUAAGGAGUACUUCGCAACUUCAGUUGGCCCCAUCAAGCGUGUGGAGCUUUCCUACGGCCCGAAUAGCAUCAGCCGUGGAAUUGCUACCGUCACCUUCUCUAAGCUUGACGGUGCUAGCAAGGCAUUCAACGCCUUGAACGGUCUUCUGGUCGACAAUCGCCCUAUCAAGAUCGAGAUUGUGGUCAGCGCGGCUAAGGCAGCCGAAAUUGCCCCCCCAGCUAAGACUCUUACCGAACGCAUUACCCAACCCAAGGCUCAGCCCAAGUCUGCAGCCAACGACAAGAAGAAGGAAGCGGCAGGAAAGGCAGUUGGUUCUGGUGCUCGCGGCCGCAAGCGACGUGGUGGACCUCGCAGCGGUCGCCCGGCGAAGAAGACAGCUGAAGAGUUGGACGAGGAGAUGGCCGAUUACUUCGAGGCUGGCAACCAGAACGAGAAUGCCAAUGGUAACGCACCUGCUGCCACCAACGGUGAUGCCCCUAUGGAGGACGAGAUUCUAGUAUGUGCUUCAGUGGAAUAAUCCGAAUUCCUCCCUGCUAAUCAUGGUAUAGUGAACGAAUCGCAUGAAUGUGGACUAUUUGAAGUUCGCAGUUGGGUUGGUGGUCCGGCUUUCCAAUCGGGGUUUGUUCCUUUGCUCAUGUUACGGCUCGGGUUUGCUUUCUUUCUACUGAAUUUGGCAAUGGGUGCAUGAAGGGAACGCGCGGAUCUGAAGGAGGAAGCAGGUAUACCAGUCGAGAUGCUCAAUAGCCUAUGCAGAUAACCGUCCUGCUGAAUGAAACGGCACUAUUCCCAGGUCUUAUUCGUUUGCAAAGUGUAUGAUUUUCCGCUCAACGUGAAUUUCCUUAGCAAAUUGGUAGUUUAAUUUUGGCUGCUCUGCUUGGUUCUUUAGAUUGACUACAGUCAAUGUGUAUCACUAUUCCUUGAACGAAAGGUCGUAUUGAUUCCAAAGGUCUUGUAAAAUCCAUGAUAUCACUUCUAGUUCCCUCUACAUCCAUUGACUAGUUAGC